AUGAAUGUGUCUGAGGAGAAAGAGGACGGGGUUUUUACCCCUGAGGUCGCUCUGCCUGAGCAUCAUGACAGCGAGACCACAGAUAGGAGUUCAGUGAAACCAGACCCACAUGUACCCAGCUGUGUAUCAUGGAAGAGUGACCAGUCUAUGUAUAAGCCAGUUUCGUUCAAGGAUGGAAUCGUUCCUGACAAGCAAAUUCCAGUGAAACCAGACCCACAUGUACCCAGCCAUGUGUCAUGGAAGAGUGACCGGUCCAUGUAUGAGCCAACUACUUUCGAGGCUGGAAACGUUCCUGACAAGCAAAUAAGCCCAGUGAACCAGGAGAGACCAGACUCACCUGUUCCUAGCUGCGUGUCAUUGAAGAGUGACCGGUCUAUGAAUGAGCCAAUUAAGUUCAAGGCUGACUGUGCUGAGCCAAGAGCUUUCCAGAGGAAGCCAAGGGUCCUCAGACGUGCCAAGAUCAUCAAGAAGGAUCAACAAAACCUGGACUCCAUUUUCAUGCUUCUUGAAGAGAAUAUGAUAGCUUUUGUGAAGAACGAGCUGAAGAAGUUUAAGAAAGUUCUGAGUCCAGAAAAUCCAGGAUGGUUAGACGGACUGAAAGAAGAUGAUGAAGUUGUGGAUGGUGAAGAAGAAGAGCGAAGAGCCAGCAACAGAGACACUUUUCUUAAGCUCACGCUGAACUUCCUGAGGAACAUGAAGCAGGAGCAGCUGGCCGACUCUCUGCAGAACAGUAUGAUGCUUUUAUAUAAACUAAAGUCUAAACUGAAGAAAAAGUUUCAGUGUUUGUUUGAAGGGAUUGCCAAAGCAGGAAACCCAAAACUUCUCAAUCAGAUCUUCACAGAACUUCACAUCACAGAGGGAGGAAGUGGAGAGGUCAAUGUUCAGCAUGAGGUCAGACAGAUUGAAGCAGCAUCCCGACAACGAGCAAGUUCAGAAACAACAAUCAGAUGUGAGGAUAUCUUCAAACCUUUACCUGGGAGAGAUGAACCAGUGAGAACUCUGGUGACAAAGGGAGUGGCCGGCAUUGGGAAAACAGUCUUAACGCAGAAGUUCAUCCUGGACUGGGCUGAAGACAAAGCCAACCACAAUAUACAGUUUAUCUUCCCAAUCACUUUCAGAGAGCUCAAUUUGCUGAAAGUAAAGAACUGCAGCUUGGUGGAACUUCUUCAUCACCUCUUUACUGAAACCAAAGAAGCAGGAAUCUGCAGGUUUGAAAAGUUCCAGGUGGUGUUCAUCUUUGACGGUCUGGACGAGAGUCGACUUCAUCUGGACUUCCAAAACAACAACACCCUGACUGAUGUCACAGAGUCAACGUCAAUCGAGGUACUGCUGACAAACCUCAUCAGAGGUACGCUGCUUCCCUUUGCACGCCUCUGGAUCACCACGCGACCUGCAGCAGCCAAUCAGAUCCCUCCUGAAUGUGUCAACAUGGUGACAGAGGUCAGAGGGUUCACUGACCCCCAGAAGGAGGAGUACUUCAGGAAGAGAUUCAAAGACGAGGAGCAGGCCGGAAGAAUCCUCUCACACAUUGAGGCAUCACGAAGCCUCCACAUCAUGUGCCACAUCCCGGUCUUCUGCUGGAUCUCCGCUACAGUUCUGGACCAUGUGUUGAUCAGAGAGAGAGCACAGCUGCCCAAGACCUUGACUGAGAUGUACAUCCACUUCCUGGUGGUGCAGACCAAACAGGGGAACGUAAAGUAUCACAGCAAUAACGCGACAGAUCCAGUCUGGAACGAAGACACCAAGAAGAUCAUUCUCUCUCUGGGAAAACUGGCUUUUGAGCAGCUUGAGAAAGGAAAUCUGAUCUUCUAUGAAUCAGACCUGGUAGAGUGUGGCAUUGACAUAAAUGCUGCCUCCGUCUACUCAGGAGUAUUCACAGAGGUCUUCAAAGAUGAGCACGAGCUGAACCAGGAGAAGGUGUUCUGCUUCAUCCAUCUGAGCGUUCAGGAGUUUCUGGCUGCACUCUAUGUCUUCCUGAUGCUCUACACACUCCAGCCUAGAACUUUACAACGUGAAUCAAGCUUCAAACACCUCUACCAGCGUGCAGUAGACAAGGCUUUAGAGAGUCCAAAUGGACAUCUGGACCUGUUUGUCCGCUUCCUCCUGGGCCUUUCACUGGAGACCAAUCAGACUCUCCUACGGGGCCUCCUGAAAACGACAGGAAAUAAACAAGACGUCAAAGAGGUUCUGGUGAAGUACAUCAAGAAGAAAAUCAGAAACAAUCCUUUCUCAGAGAAAAGCAUCAAUCUGUUCCACUGUCUGAACGAGCUGAAUGACCAUUCUCUAGUGGAGGAGAUCCAACAGUACCUGAGAUCAGGAAGCGUCUCUGGAAACAAACUCUCUCCCUCUCAGUGGUCAGCACUCAUCUUCAUCUUACUGUCAUCACAAAAGGAUCUAGACGUGCUUGACCUGAGGAAAUUCUCAGGUUCAGAGGAGGGGCUCCUGAAGCUGCUGCCAGUGGUCAAAGCAUCCAAAAAGGCCCAGUUGAGUGGCUGUAACCUCUCGUCAAGAAGCUGUGAAGCUCUGGCCUCAGUCUUCAGCUCCAAGAAGUCCAGUCUGACAGAGCUGGACCUGAGUCACAAUGACCUGCAGGAUACAGGAGUAAUGCUGCUCUCAGUUGGACUGAAGAGUCCCAACUGUAGACUGGAGGUUCUCGGGCUGUCAGGCUGUCUGAUCACUGAGAAAGGCUGUACUCUUCUGGCUUUCGCUCUCAGCUCCAACCCUUUCCAUCUGAGAGAGCUGGACCUGACCUUCAACCAUCCAGGAGACUCAGGAGUGCAGCAGUUGUCUGCUGGACUGCAGGACCCACGCUGGAAACUGCAAACUCUCAAGGUUGAUCACUGUGGGAAGUUUCGACUGAAUCCACCACCUCUUAGAUACUUCGGGGAUCUUUCACUGGACCCAAACACGGCAGACAGAAACCUCUUGCUGUCUGACGACAACAGACGAGUGAUGGUGGUGAGAGAGGAGCAGCCGUAUCCUGAUCAUCCAGAGAGAUUUGACGGCUGGAAGCAGCUGCUGUGUCGCGGUGGUCUGACUGGGCGCUGUUACUGGGAGGUUGAGUGGAAAGGAAGAGUUCAGAUCGGAGUGACGUACAGAGGAAUCAACCGGACGGGAGACAGUGACGACUGCUGCAUCGGAUGGAACGAUCAGUCCUGGAGUCUGUUCUGCUCUGCUCAGAGCUUCACCGCCUGGCACAAUAACACACCAACAGACAUCGACACUCUGCCGCCCUCCGACCUCAACAGAGUGGCGGUGUAUGUGGACUGGUCUGCUGGCACUGUGUCCUUCUACUGUCUUCUGUCCACUGUCUCUUCGGUCAAACGGAUCCACCUCCACACCUUCCACUGCACAUUCACUGAACCCCUGUACCCUGCGUUUGGCUUUGGACGAAUGCGUGAGUUAGGGACCGACUCGAGAUUUUUACCAUCCUCAGUUUGUCUGUCACAGAUUGAGGAAUGAAUGUUUCUUCUUUUGUGGAGAAGUAGCUCCAAAACUGGGGUGCCUUACCUUAACACAGUGCCUAAAUGUGCUCUCAGGUACCAGCAGGUAGACACUGGAUGACCGGUAAAAUAGGUGAUGGGAAGGUGGUAUUUUGUCUUUCUUUUAUUUCUGGGUUCAGUUCUGGGUAAAACAAACAACAUGUGUGUAACCGAUGUAUAUGAGAUGGUUUAUAUUUCACCAAAAUCCAUUUUCUUAUUUUCUGUUCAUGUUUCGCUGUUAGUUUUCAUGCAAAAAUCCUGUUUUUGUAUUUCUUUUGGGGAGCUUUAAUUUUGUUAGUUUUUAUUUUUUUAUUGUGUGACCUUUGAUAUUUUGGCGAUGUCAGUUCCUGUUGUUUCGCGGUAUUUUUCCUCACUUGGCUUGCAGAGGACAAGCAAGACCGUACAAGUGCUCUUGUUAAUAGUGUGUUAAAAUGUAAAAAACGCUAAAUAUAGAUGCAAAUUGUACUUUGUAUGGGUCACAUAUGUUGUAUUUUAUUAGCAUAAUGUUUGCUCUAGUGUGUAUGUCUAUUUUUUUUGUCAUGUACAGCACUUCAGAGUAGCGAAUUAGGUCGCUGUUUUUAAGUUAUGCUACCAGAGCAUGGACACCGUGCAGUUUGUUGUUAUGUACCUUUCUUUUUAAAGGUGUAUUUGGAGACUGGUCAUGAGAUGUUGUGAUUUCCCCUUUUUGUUAUUUUGUCAUGUUGUUAAUUUAUAAAAUAUAAAAGACUGCUGCUGGUGGGUGGAAAAAAAUUAUCUUACUGCACAAUUGAAUGGGAUGUAUUUUGUUUUAUUGAUUUAAUUUUUAAUAAUUGAACAUAGUAAAAGCUAUAACUCACUCUGCUUUCAGCCCUGCAGAGGAGAGGUGUGCAUUCGAAGAGUGGCCAUGAGGUGUUGCUGUACUGAUUUUUAUGUGUUUUACACAGAAUAAAUACGCCCCAGCCAAGCAGACCAGCAGUUGACAGCAUCUCAUUUCUCAUCAUACACAAACACAAUGCAGAGAUUGUAGCAGACCGAGGUAUUAGGCCAGACCGGCUACAUGUGGAUUGGAUCGGGGAUGUAGGUUAAUACAUCUAUGAUACCAUUAAUAAUUUAAUUUUAUGUU